AUGUCACAGAGAAGUCAUAAUCCUGGGUUGCUGACCACAACCCCUGCAAUUAUCCACCAUCCCUACUUUCUCCAAUCCACUGGGGAGAUCCAGAAGAUGAUACGCAACAUGAAAGUAUGUGAUGCUCCUGGUGCUCAAUGCACCCUCUGUGACCCUCUUCCAAUACUGCACAAAUAUCACCAGUUGGGGGGGUUUAUCAUCGGUGGCAUUCUUUCCCAAAUAUAUGUCUCUUUUGAUCCAUUAACAUUCAAGCAGCAUCCUUCCCAGGCUGAGACUGGUGAGAGUGUCUAUUUCAGUGCAAGCAGGACCUUUCAGGCCUCCAUGGAACUCCUCUCCGCACGGGGCAGAGUCAUCCCCAACUACAAGUGCAGCUCCCUCAGCAAUCCGGUCGUUGCCAUCGGGGGACCGAGUGCCAGCUUUUGUUAUCAUAUGGCGACCAUUCUGAGCACCUACAAGAUUCCACAGGUAACAUAUGCUUCUGUUCCAGUUAAGAAUGACCAAAGCCAACCUGCUUCCUUUCACCACGUGUUCCCAAAUGAGGCCCAUCAGUAUAUGGGGAUUCUUCAAUUACUGCUGCAUUUCAGUUGGACAUGGAUUGGAGUGAUUUAUAUGGAUGAUGAAAAUGGAGAAAUUUUUGUACAUGAUGUGCUACCCAUGUUUUCCAAGAAAAACAUCUGCUUUGAUUUCAUGGAAAAAUUUCCCUCCAUGACUUUUUCCACUGAGAUUGAAGAUAUGAUAUCAGAAGGGAAGGAAUUGUUUCGUGUUGCCAUGAGAAGCUCUGCCAAUGCAUUAGUUGUCUAUGGCGGAAGUCAAACCAUGACAGUUAUGAGAACAUUGUUGCAUGUUUUAGCAUUUGACAAUGAACCUGUAGAGACAAAAGUCUGGAUUAUGACUGCCGAGAUGGAGUUCACAUCACUUGCCUUUCAAAGAGAAUGGAGCAUACAGUACAUCCAUGGGGCAAUCUCUCUCUCAGUUCCUUCCAAGAAGUUGCUCGGAUUCGAGAAAUUCAUUCAGAUGAGAAACCCUACAGUGGACAGUGAAGAUGGCUUCAUAAAAGACUUCUGGGAAGAUGCAUUUGCCUGUUCUUUCACCCAACCUGUGGAGGAGAAGGAUCAAGAGCCAAUUUGCACUGGGAGGGAGAAACUGGAGAAUCUUCCCAAGACCGUUUUUGAAGUGAGCAUGACUAGCCAUAGCAACAGUGUGUAUGAUGCUGUCUAUGCUGUGGCCUAUGCCUUACAUGCCGCACAUCUACAGAGAUUCAAGCAAUCAAUAAUGGGCAAUAAAGAAAAGGAGGACCUUGUGAAUCAACAGCCAUUUCUGUUCCACCCCUUUCUGAGAGGAAUCUCAUUCAACAGCAGUGUGGGGAAGAAGGUUGCCUUCAACCACAAUGGAGAGUUAAUUGCAGGAUUUGAUAUUAUCAACUGGGUCACAUUCCCAAACCAGUCCUUCCUCAGAGUCAAAGUUGGGAAGAUAGACCCUGGGGCUCCCUCAGACAAAGUGCUCACUAUCCACAAAGAGGCCAUCAUAUGGCCCAGCCGAUUCAACCAGACACUGCCCCUUUCCUUGUGUAAUGAGCCAUGCAAGUUGGGUUAUAGCAAGACAAAGAAAGAGGGGAAACCAUUUUGCUGCUAUGACUGUGUUCCAUGCCCCAAAGGGAAGAUUACAAACCAGACAGACAAGGAUUACUGUUUCCAGUGUCCUGAAGAUCAUUAUCCUAACAGACACCAAGAUUCAUGCCUUCCAAAAUAUGUCAGCUACCUGUCAUAUGAAGAGCCUUUAGGGACUAGUUUGGCUAUUUUUGCUCUUUCCCUUUCUUUCAUCACAGCUUGGGUCUUGGGUACUUUUGUGAAGCACCAGAACACACCUAUUGUGAAGGCCAACAACCGCAGCCUCUCCUACAUUCUCCUCAUCUCUCUCUUCCUGUGCUUCCUUUGUGCUUUGCUCUUCCUUGGAAGACCUGAGAAAGGGACCUGCCUCAUUCGUCAAGCGGCAUUUGGCAUCAUUUUCUCAGUGGCUGUUUCUUGUGUGUUGGCCAAAACCAUCACUGUGAUUCUAGCCUUUGUGGCUACCAAUCCAGUGUCCAGGAUGAGGAAAUGGGUGGGCAGAAGACUGGCCAGCUCAAUAGUAAUUUCUUGCUCUCUUUUCCAAGCCAUUCUUUGUACUGUGUGGUUUGCAAUCUUCCCUCCCUUCCCACAUUUUGAUAUGCACUCAGAAACAAGAGAAAUAAUACUGGAAUGUAGCGAAGGGUCAGUGGCCAUGUUUUACUGUGUCUUGGGUUUUUUGGGGUUCCUGGCAGUUGUGAGCUUCACUGUAGCCUUCCUAGCCAGGAAGUUACCAGAUAGUUUCCAUGAAUCCAAAUCCAUCACCUUCAGCAUGCUGGUCUUCUGCAGUGUGUGGAUGACCUUUGUGCCAACCUACUGGAGCACCAAGGGGAAAUAUAUGGUGGCUGUGGAAGUCUUCUCCAUCUUGACCUCCAGUACUGGCUUACUGGGAUGCCUUUUCUUCCCAAAAUGCUACAUCAUUGUGCUGAGACCUGAUCUGAACAAGAAGGAGCAACUCAUGAAGAGAAACAAAUAA